AUGCUUGCGGGCUUUGGCCAUCCACGACCUCGCGCACCUCGGCAAGUGCCGCGCACUCAUGAAACUUCGCGUCCGAACUCACGUCGGCCCUGUACAUUGCCCACGGUCUACGCUGAGACGGCCAACAAGCUCGACACGAACAUGUGGCUCUUUGAGUAUUUGGUCUUCUCUCGAUCAGCGUCUUUGACUCGACUUGGCGGACGUGAACCAUUUGCUGACGCCUCGACGCUGCACUUGGUGUCUCCGAUCCUCCAAACGUUCUCGGAGUUCUCGAUGGCGUGCCGGCAGUUUGUGCUGCCGCUCUUUGCUGUUCACGUCAAGAUGGUCAGCGAGGACGAGCAGCUCGAGGUUGGCGAUAUGGCGGCCCAGCGCUCGCUGCAAAAGUGUAUGCUCCUCACGGUCACGCUGCCGCGAAUCGAGCACGACAUCAAGAAGACAUCCCGGUGUCAGCCGCUUUCUUGCCCGACGUUGUCUUGUAGUACAUAUAUCUGCGGUAGUGCGUCCUUGUCGUUGGACGAGUUGGCACUGAUCGUCAGUCACCACUGCUUGCUCUCGACGCUCGUGCAGGUUUGCCAUGCGUGCCUCAAGGCGGCACUCGCCAUGGCCGAAGCGCAAUUGGGCUACGAAGACGAGGACGCCAAGGCGACGUCGACGCUCAUCCUGUUUCCAGGUGGCCUUAUUCCAUCACGCCCCGGCCAAGGGCGACGCGAAGCCAAGCUCGAUGUGUUGGGCGCCCGGGUCGUGCACCGCCUCGACGACAUGGAGGUUGACAAAAGCAUGUCGACAGUUUUGCCGCGCCUCGGCGCCGGUGCGUGCAUGGAGCACUACGCCAAGGCGGAGAUCCUCUCGCGCGAGCACGUCAUGAGCUGGGUCCCGUUAAUCCUCUCGUUUCGCCUCGGCGACAUGCAGCACAGCGUUCUUUUUCUUUCAGCC